AUGUCCUCAGUAGCCAAACGUCGUCUCCAAGCCGUGAGCCAGCAAUUGGUGGAAGGCAUUCCGGAUGCAGGCACAUUCGAGGGCAUUCCUCGCAUCCGCCAGGUUGCUGGCGAUUCUGUCGGACCCCGAGUCAAGGACAAAGUCGCAAUUGUAACCGGGGCCAACUCCCCCGCAGGCAUCGGCCGCGCCGCAGCGCACCAAUAUGCCCACAACGGCGCCAAAGCCAUCUACAUCUGUGACUACGCUGACAGCCACCUGGCAACACACAAGCGGGAGAUUGAAUCCCUGUAUCCCGGUGUAGACAUUCACAUCCGCCAAUUCGACGCGGCCGACGAAGAAGCCGUCAAAGCAGUCGUGCACGACGCACUAGAGAAGUAUAACCGACUGGAUAUAUUUUUCGCCAAUGCGGGCAUCGUGGGCCAACCGAAGAUCUUCACUGAGGUUACGGCGGAGGAGUUGAUGAAGACGUUGAAUACGAAUGUGGCUAGUGUCUUCCUAGCAGCCAAAUACGCUUCCGAGGGUAUGAAGCGUACCUCAGAGGCGAAACGGUACCCCGGAGGUUCUAUUAUUUGCACAGCCUCUAUUGCGGGCCUGCGCUCUAAUGGUGGUUCGACGGAUUACUCUGCUUCCAAGGCGGCGGUUGUUUCCAUUGCCCAGACGUGUGCGUAUCAGUUGGCUGGGACGGGGAUUCGCAUCAAUGCGAUCUGUCCGGGGUUGAUCGAAACAGGCAUGACUCAAGCGAUGUUUGAUGCCGCACGGGCGCGAGGCACGGAGCGGAAGGUCGGGCAGCUGAAUCCUCUGCAGCGCGGAGCGGUUGCGGAUGAGGUAGCUCGGGUGGCAUUGUUCCUGGGGAGUGAUGAGAGUAGCUAUGUUAAUGGGCAGGCUUGGGCCGUAUGUGGUGGUCUCAGUGCUGGACAUCCGUUUGUGCCGGGCAAGUUGGCAUAG